AGGUCUGCGCGCUUACGAAUCGUGCUCCUUCUGCCGUUUUAUCAACAGCGCGCAAAAAGCGGCAAGGGCACGGCCGCCUCUUCGCAUCUCGGUGGUUCUUCCGUGCAGAGAAGAUUGCACUCACGCCACAGCGUCACGCUGUGGACGAUACAACGAUAUCAACCAGACUUUGAUCCCGCCCCCCGCUUCUACAGCGGCACGCAAUCAUGGGAUUCUUUUUUCUCCGCCGUGCCCCCGUCGCUAUGAAAAGCGGUAAGGUCGUGCUGUUCGGCUGCAACAACGCGGUGGGCCAGCCCCUCUCUCUCUUGCUAAAGAUGAAUCCGCACGUGGAGGAGCUCGUGUGCUGUAGCACCGCGGUAGACGGUGCCGUGCCUGCUGCUGGAGUGGCCGCGGAUCUGUCGCACAUGGAUACCCUCUCCAAGGUGCGCUACGCGCGUGACGAGGCGGAGUGGCCGGCGCUGUUGCGCGACGCCCAGGUGGUUCUUGUCUGCUCCGGCAGCAGCUUCGACCCCCUCCGCGAGGAUCGCGACAUCGCCUUGCGUGGCUCGGCGCCUGCGGUGCGUCGCGUGAUGCGGGCCGUGGCGACGUCCGACACAAAGGCACAGCUCGCGAUCGUCUCAAGUCCCGUGAACGCCCUCACGCCCUUCUGCGCAGAGCUGCUGAAGCGGUCUGGCACCUUUGACCCGCGUCGGCUGUUCGGUGUGACUACACUGGACGUGAUUCGCACCCGCAAGCUGGUCGCGGAAGCGCUGCAUAUGAACCCGUACGAUGUGAACGUGCCGGUCGUCGGCGGCCGCGGCGGGGUCACGGCGUGCCCCCUCAUCGCAAAGACCGGCCUGCGUCUGCCACCAGAGGAGAUAAUUCGCAUUACGUCGGAGGUGCAGAGCUACGGCGUUCCUGUUGAAGCGGCUGUCGGCGCCGACACACACGACGCCAUCAGCACGGAGGUGGCCCCACCGGUGGCGCUGGGACUGGCCUUCGCCGCCUGCGACUUUGCCGUCUCGCUGCUGAAGGCGCUGCGCGGUGACGUCGGCAUUGUGGAGUGUGCGUUGGUGGAGUCGACAAUGCGGACGGAGGUGCCGUUCUUCAGCUCCCGUGUUGAGCUUGGCCGCGACGGGGUGGAACGAAUUUUUCCAAUGGGGCCUCUGACGUCAUUUGAGAACGAGUUGAUUGAGACGGCUGUGCCGGAGCUCGUGAAGGAUGUGAAGGCAGGCACGGAGGCCGCAUCCAAAGAAUGA